GUUGAUUCCCCACACUAUAUUUCAUUAAGACGGUCACCAUAAACAAAAUUUGGAUAUGGCAAGUGGUGCAGCCCUAUAUGCCACGUCUGAUGGAUUGAAACGCCGGAAUUUCGGUCGCGAAGACUCUGAAAUUGAGGAUAUAAUCUCCAAGACGUCGUCACUCAAUCUCGCGGAUAGAAAGAUGAAGUUUAGUGACAUUUGGGCCACUACAAAUGAAAAUCCUGAAAGUUCCUCGAGUGACCACAUAGCUGCUGGUCAAGGAAAUUCGAGAUAUGGCUUAUUCAAUUGGAGCUCAAUCAUUAUUUUGACCGCUAUUUCUGCAUUUGUACGACUCUAUCAAAUUUCCAAAACGAACUACGUCGUUUGGGAUGAAGCACAUUUUGGUAAGUUUGGGUCUCAUUACAUUCAACACGAGUACUAUUUUGACGUACACCCACCCUUGGGGAAGCUUCUUGUUGGUCUUUCUGGGUAUUUGGCUGGUUAUGAUGGGAGCUUUGCCUUUGAAAGUGGUCAUCAUUUCCCAGAAACUCUUAAUUUCCAAUUCAUGAGAACAUUCAACGCGUUUUUUGGUAUUUUAUGUACCCCAAUCGCUUAUCAAACUGCAGUUCUUUCAGGCUUCCUGAAACCAACAGUGUGGUUGAUAACCCUCCUGGUGGUAUUUGAAAUGAUUUCACUCACAUUGGCCAAAUUUAUUCUCUUGGAUUCCAUGUUAUUAUUCUUCACAGUAACUACAUUCUAUUGCUUAGUGAAAUUGCAUAAACUUAGACUUGAGCUGCAACUGCUUUCGAAACGUGGUCUUUUAUGGCUAGCCAUCACUGGGGUUUCCAUUGGAUGUGUUUGUUCUGUGAAAUGGGUGGGUCUUUUCAUUACUUGUGUGGUUGGAUUAUACACCAUCUUUGACUUGUAUAUCAAAUAUUGUGAAUUUGAAACUAACCAAACUUCUUUCUCCACUUAUUUCAAACAUUGGAUAGCAAGAAUCUUUACUCUUAUUCUUAUCCCUUUCACAAUUUAUUUGGCAUGUUUUAAAAUCCAUUUCAUGGUUUUGAAUAAAUCUGGUUCAGGUGAUGGAUCUGUAUCGUCAUUACUCCAAGCUUCUUUUGAGAAUAAUUCUAUCGAAGGAGGUCCAAGAACAGUAAGAUAUGGAUCAAUGGUUACUAUGAGAUCACAUGGGUUAUCCCCAAAUUUACUUCAUUCUCAUCCAAGUAGAUACCCUGAAGGUUCCUUGCAACAACAAGUUACCACCUAUGGAUACAAGGAUAAUAACAAUGAAUUUCUUAUUGAAUUUGAUUUGGAAUCCGGUAAUAACGGUGAAUUUGCCACGUAUGAGCCAUUGGAAGGUGAAAACAUUACCACUAGACCACUUUUAGAUGGAGAUAUUGUGCGGUUUGUACAUAAGGAUACCGGAUGUCUACUUCAUUCCCACGCUAUUCCAGCCGCAAUUUCCAAAUCCCAAAAUGAAGUUUCAUGUUAUUCAAGUCUUGAAGCUAGUGAUCCUAAAGAUGAAUGGAUUUUGGAAAUUCAAGUGCAAGAAGAAUCUCCAGAUAGUUUUUUCGCAAAUGAAUCAAAAGAUGAAGUGCAUCCAAUCUCAACUAAUUUCAGAUUAAAGCAUCGUGUCUUGGGUUGUUACUUGGCCACCUCAGGAUAUUCAUACCCUGCAUGGGGGUUUGGUCAAGGUGAAGUAAUUUGCAAACAUUCAUUUGUAGGUGCAGACAAGACAACUUGGUGGAAUGUUGAAGACCAUGUGAACCCAUCAUUGGAACUUCCAGAAAAAGCUUAUAUGGCACCAAAACCAAAGUUCUGGAAAGAAUUUAUAAUGCUUAACUAUGCGAUGAUGUCCUCUAAUAAUGCAUUACUUCCUGAUCCAGAUAGAUUUGAUAAACUUUCAUCGGAAUGGUGGCAAUGGCCAAUCCUUCAAAUCGGUUUAAGAAUGUGUAGUUGGACUUCAACUGAUGUGAAGUACUUCCUUAUGGGGAAUCCAGUAGUCACUUGGGGCUCCACAGCACUUAUUGGAUGCUUUGUGAUAUAUACGAUAGUGUUACUCUGGCUUUGGCAACGUCAAAGAAUUGUCUACCAUGGAGGAAUUCUCGAUUCAGUUUUCAAUCAAUACCUCAUCCAAGGUUUGGCUCCCUUUGUGGCAUGGUUAUUCAAUUAUUAUCCAUUUAUUGCUAUGGGCCGUGUGACUUAUUUACAUCAUUAUGCACCUGCGCUUUACUUUGGAAUAUUUGUACUGGGAUUUGUUAUUGAACAAGCAUUGAAAAAAUUGCCUAAACUCAUACGAUUGAUAUCGUACGCUGUAUUAUACGCGGGCAUUAUAGGAAUGUUUUAUUACUUAAAAGAUUUUAGUUUUGGAAUGGAGGGCCCUUCCAUUAAUUUCCAACACUUAAAAUUAUUAGAAACUUGGAUGGUUUGAGUUUAAAAUACUUGUCUAUACAUAUAUAAACCAAUAAAAUUGUGACAUAGUUAACUUUA